GAACAUCAAGCAAAUUUCCUUUGCUGAGCAUCGGUGCAUAAAGCAGUGCACCAUCAGCCCCAGGGAGCAUUGAAGUCUGGAGCAUCUGUAGAGGAGGAUAGCCCAUUUCUACAUGUGCAUGUGUGCAUAUUCUCACACCCUUUGCUGAGCAUCGGCACAUGAGGCACUGCACCGGAACGUCAAGCGAGAGUUUUCUUUUCUGAGCAUCAGUGCAUGAGGCAGUGCACUGGAACGUCAAGCAAGAGUUUCUUUUGCUGAGCAUCGGCACAUGAAGCAUUGCACCAUCAGCCCCAGGGAGCAUUGAAGUUUGGAGCAUCUGCAGAGGAGGAUAGCCUCUUUCUACAUGUGCAUGUGUGCAAGUUCUCAUGUCCUUUGCUGAGGAGGAGGAGAGCUCCUUUCUCUGCGCAUAAGCACAUGAGAACGUGUACUAUGUGUGCUUUGGACAAGGGCUCCCUUUACUGAGCAUCAGUGCAUUGACACUUUGAAAACAUGAGUGAUUGAGGAUGGACCACAGCUGAUGCCUGGCUUGCAGAAGUGGCGCGCUGAGCAUCUUUUUGCACAUGAGGAUGGGCCACAGAUAGGACCUUGCUUUGGAGAGAAGUAAUCAGGAGGAAGCUCCACCAGGAUGCGGCUGUCCUCUUUCUUCAGAGUUCGUCUCCCGAGGCGCUCAUGUGCCGGGAUGUGGCGCAACCAAGGCAGGUCUGCCUUGGCCAGAUAAGAAGCACCUGCCCGCCUCUGCCGCAUCAACAAAGCCACAUCUCUUUCCCCAGAAGUGGCUUGGAGCACCAGGGAGGCACUGGACUCUUUGCAAGGAGAGGAUGAAAGAAGACGACUUUGCUGGAGAAGAAGAAGAGAUGCCUCCGUUUCGAUACAGGCCGAAUGGCCGGAUGAGGACCAAUUGCACCCAGUGCGAGAAGACACUAACGCUCCAAACAUCUGUGAAAAUCCUCUACUUCUUCAUCGUCUUGCUAGUGGUAGCUGUGGUGGUGCUCGCUGCCUUAGUUUUCAAGAAGGUGGACUCCAUCGCUGGCGAGGUUGACUCCACUCAGGCCUACUAUGAGAAGAUGCUGAGCUCGGUCCAGGGGAACCUCCAGGAGCUGGACCAGAAAUCAGCCGGCAACUGCUCCUUGUGCCACGAAACGGCUCCGAUCGGGCUUGAAAUCGGCAAACUGCAAGCAGGGCUGGAGGAGAUCCAGAAGAAGCUCUUGGCCCAAGAGGUGUUGCUGGACCGGGCCGGGCAGACCCACCGGCAGCUGACCUCGACCGGCAACAAGCUGAGCGAGGAGGUGGACGCUUGCUUCUCGGCCCUGCAGCAGGUCAACCAGAGCCUGGGCCUCUACCUGGCGCAGGUGCGCGGCUGGCAGGCCGUCUCCGCGGAGCUGGGCGGCUCCUUGAAGGAGCUCUUGGAGGAAUGCUUCGACAUCCAGGCGACCGUCCAGCAUAUGAACUUCUCCUCCGAGCAGGCCUCGGAGUGGCUGCGGGCCAUCCAGCGCAAGACCGAGGAGGAGACCCUGACCCUGCAGAGGAUGGUGGCCGAGUGGCAGGACUACACCCGCCUCUUCAGCGGCCUGAGGGCCACCUCGGCCAAGACCGGGGACUUGGUCAAGAGCCUCCAGAGCGGCCUGGGCAUCGCCUCGCAGCGGAUCGGCCAGAACUCGGAAGGGAUGCACGACUUGGCCCUGCAAGUGAUGAGCCUGCAGCUGCAGCUGGACAACGUCUCCUCCUUCUUGGACGACCAGGAGGAGAACAUGCACGACCUCCAGUACCACGCCAGAUACACCCAGAACCGGACGGCGGAGCACUUUGAGACCCUGGAAGGGCGCAUGGCCUCCCACGAGAUCGAGAUCGGCACCAUCUUCGCCAACAUCAACGCCACCGACAGCCACGUCCACAGCAUGCUCAAGUACCUGGACGACGUGCGGCUCUCCUGCACGCUGGGCUUCCACACGCAGGCCGAGGAGCUCUACUACCUGAACAAGUCGGUGGGGCUCAUGCUCGGCACCACGGACCUCCUGCGGGAGCGCUUCGGCCUGCUCAGCGCCCGCCUGGAUUUCGACAUCCGCAACCUCUCCAUGGUCAUGGAGGAGAUGAAGGUGGUCGACGUCCGGCACGGGGAGAUCCUCCGGAACGUCACCAUCUUGCAAGGUGUUCCCGGCCCACCUGGACCCAGAGGUUACCGCGGAGACCUGGGCGUCAAGGGCCCUCCGGGGAGCCGAGGGCCGAAGGGCGACGUGGGCAUCAUGGGCCCUCCGGGGCCGAAGGGGUCGCGAGGCGUUGUGGGGGACCCGGGCCCUCCAGGCGAGAGGGGCCCCCCGGGCUCCAAGGGCCUCCCCGGAUUCAAGGGCUCCAAGGGGAGCUUCGGGCAGUCCGGGGCCAAAGGGCAGCCGGGCCCCAAAGGAGAUGUGGGACCCCAGGGGCCCGAGGGGAAGCUGGGGCCGGACGGACCGCCGGGGCCGGAGGGAAGACCGGGCAUCCCAGGGAAGCCGGGGGAAGCGGGGCCGAUGGGGCCGACGGGGCCGAAAGGAGACCCUGGGUUGAGGGGCCGGCCGGGGUUGCCGGGACCCCCGGGACCCCCAGGGCCUUUGAGAAUAUGAACAUCUUUGGGGUCCUCUUUCCUCGAACCCCUUGGAAUGCUGCUCUCCAUUCAGUGAUGCCAAAUGCAGAUAUUACCUGGAUGCUGGACCCUGCUGCACGGACUCUGCACUGACAAAUGCCCAUUUCUAAUAGCUUGUAAGUAAAGGUAAAGGUUUUCCCUUGAGUGUCCGACUCUGGGGGUUGGUGCUCAUCUCCAUUUCUAAGCCCAAGAGCCGGUGUUGUCCAUAGACACCUCCAAGGUCAUGACUGCUUGGAGCACCAUUACCUUCCCGCCGGAGCGGUACCUAUUGAUCUACUCACAUUGGCAUGUUUUCGAACUGCUAGGUUGGCAGAAGCUGGAGCAACAGCAGGCGCUCACUCCACUCCCGGGAUUUGAACCUGGGACUUUUCAGUCUGCAAGUUCAGUGCUUUAACACACUUCACCACCCUAAUAGCUUGUUAUGGGGAAAAUUCAUUGGGUUUUCUUUGAGAGGAGCACUCCUUUUUGACUGCUGCUCCCCUAAAUGCAACUUCUGCCUGACUUCAAACCUUGUCCCAUUGGUCCAGCAUCAUCGAUGCCCUUUCCCGAUGACUUAUUUUGGGGGAAAACUGUAGACAACUAAAACUCAGGACUGGUUUUCCCAGUUCCUCCUAUGAAAUUGAUCUUAUUACACCUGGAGGACUAUGACACCAAUUCUGCAAGCCUGACAUAGAAAGGCAAUACAUCUCUUUGAUGCACCUGCUGCUGUAUCACCUGUACUGCUUUCUACCUGUGCUACCUGCCCAGGAUACUUUUGCCUUACCUCCAUGGGACCAACAAAGAGCAAAAGAGAUAUUUAUAAAGGAGGAAAUGCCAUGCACUCCUGUUUCAGAGCAUGCAAACCAGCAGAAUUGCAACUGGGAAUCAUUACACAAAUGGAUGGGGUGCAAGCAAGGCUUUCUCCUUCACUUUGCGGGUGCUUAAACUGAGGUUAGAUAGGCAUCUGUUGAAAGUGUUUGAACUGGGUCUUCCAACUAUACUAUUCUAGGAUCCUAUGCAUUGCAAGAAAAGAGAUUCCACCAAAAUAUUCAGAUGAGCUGUUAAACCAGGUAUGGGCAAAUUUGGGCCCUCCGGGUGUUUUGGACUCCAACUCCAGGAAUUUGUGGCAGUUUGUAUCCAAAAUGUUGGGGUUGUAGAAAUAAAUAAACAGAAGCUUUAACACUGUUUCUGAACCAAAAUAUACACUGCAAUAUAAUAAAGCAGGGGUCCCCAAACUAAGGCCCGGGGGCCGGAUGCGUCCCUCCGAGGUCAUUUACCUGGCCCCCGCCCUCAGUUUUAUAAUAUAAUAUAUUGUAAAUACAUAUAAUAUUGAUAAUAAUAUUAUAAUGUAAUACAAUAUAACACUAAUAAUAAUACCAUAUAAUAAUAUUAAUUAUGUAUUCUAUAUUACAUAUAAUAUUACUAAUAAUAUUACAGUAUAGCGGUAUAGUUCAAUAUAGUAAUAUAUAAUGCUAAUAUUGUGCUAUGCUAAUAAUAUAAUAUAUUGUAUGUACAUAUAAUUUGUAAGCCACUCUGAGUCCCCUUUGGGGUGAGAAGGGUGUGAUACAAAUGUAGUAAAUAAAUGCAGUAAAUAAAUAAUAAAUAAAUUUUAGACUUAGGAUCACCCAAAAUCUGAAAUGACUGGAAGGCACACAACAAGAACAACAACAACAACAACAACAACCCUAAUUAAGUUGACUAUCUCAUUGGCCAGAAGCAGGACCACACUUCCCAUUGAAAUCCUGAUAAAUGUAUGUUGGUUAAAAUUGUCUUUAUUUUUAAAUAUUGCAUUGUUCUUUCAUUGAUGUUGUUGUUGUUGUUUUUAAAAUUGUCUUUAUUUUUAAAUAUUGCAUUGUUCUUUCAUUGAUGUUGUUGUUGUUGUUUUUGCACUACAAAUAAGACAUAUGCAGUGUGCAUCGGAAUGUGUUUGUAUUUUUUUUCAAAUGAUAAUCCGGCCCCUCAACAGUCUGAAGGAUUGUGAACCGGCCCUCGGCUUAAAAAGUUUGAGGACUCCUGUAAUAAAGUGUCACUCAUGAAGUAACAGUAACUUUACUUCUGUUCAAUAGGUCAAACAGAGCAACAGUGUAUACAGUAGUCUCUCUGAAUUCUUACAGAGAACAGAGGGAAUAAACAGUCUUUUUAAACAGUCUUUAAAUUUGCCUCAUCUGCCUUAGAAAUAAUCAGGCUUCAAAGGGUUGACAGCCAUUUCCUUCCUGACUGUUUCCAGUCAGCGUUCUCUUCACUCUCCGAGGUGAAAGUGGCAGUUAAAAUUGUUUGUCCCAGCACCAAGCCAGAGACAGCCAAUCAGAAUUCUGGCUCCUAGCUGGCUCAGCCAAUCAGCUGCCAACACAUGCCUUUCCAGUCAACCCAUUUCAUCAUGGAGUCUUUUACAAAUCCCCACACAAAACACCUGGAGGGCCCAAAUUUGGCCAUGCCUGUGCUAGACUAAGAUCUGGAAUUGGCUCUUCCAAAUGGUAGCAGACUCUUUGUCUUUGAAGACUGGAUGACCUUCUUGCAGGAGUGCUUCAUUUGUGUCUUGCUGUCCAGAGAAUGGGGUUGGACUAGAUGCCCUUUGGGGCUCCCUUCCAACUCUAGUGGAAUAUGGACCGCCUCGCAAGGUGCUUUUAUUAUCGUGUCAGAAGCAACUUGAGAAACUGCAAGUCUUUUCUGGUGUGAGAGAAUUGGCCAUGUACAGAGACGUUGCCGGAUGUGUUACCAUUCUGCUGAGAGGCUUCUCUCAUGUCCCUGAAAGCUAGAGCUGACAGAUGGGAGCUCACCCCAUCUCGUGGAUUUGAACCGCCAAUCAUCAGGUCAGCAACCCAACCUUCAGGUCAGCUGUUCAGCCGGCACAAGGUUUAACCUACAAUGCUGGAGAUCUUUAGAAGCGACUUGAGAAACUGUAUGAGAGAAUUGGCCAUCUACAUGUUGGCCACCUACAAUGCUGGAGAUCUUUAUGCAGCAGAGGCUAGAUGGGCAUCUUUCAGGAGUGCUCGAGUUGUGCAUUUCUUCGUGGCUAAAGGGGAUUGGAUGAUUCUUAAGAUUUUAAGCUUCUAUGAUAGGCAGGAUCAAACUUCGGCCCUCCAGGUGUUUUGGACUUCAACUCCCACAAUUCCUAACAGCCUACCGGCUGUUAGGAAUUAUGGGAGUUGAAGUCCAAAACACCUGGAGGGCCGAAGUUUGCUGAUUAGAACAGCUGGAUCCAAUUAAAAACAAGCACACAAAUCUGUAUUUUCCUAGAUGAAACAAAGAUGUGUACAUAAUAUCCCUCAUGUUCAUGUAGCUUUUUCAAGAACGGAAACCAAUAAAGAAGGAAAAUGAGUCCGGAGCA